UCUUUCAAUCACACCGAUCUAAUCCAGUCUCGACACACAAUGUCCUACUAUCAGUACUACCCUUCUGCUCAGCCCUCGUACUUCGCUGCCCCCAUCCCCGCUCCGGCCUUGUCGGUCCGGGAUAAGUACCUCGCAGCUCUCGCGCAGGCCGAAUCGGCGAAGGCCGAAUUCGAAGCUGCAGAGCGUCUGCAGCAGGAGGAAGCCGCCCUUCGUCAACGGCUCGAGCAGAUCCAGCGUUUGCGCGGGGUUGCCCCUGCAUACCCCCAGUCCCCUGCUCCGUACUAUCCAUCCGUCGUUCCCGGCCAACUCCCGCUCCCAUUCAAUGCUCCUCCCGUCCCUCAACAGCCCGUCAUCGACAUUGAAGCCAUCCGGGCCGAGGAGCGUGCCAAGAUCCUCCGUGAGCAGCAGGAGAAACGAGAUUCGGAACGUCGAGCUCGGGCUGAGGCUGAGGCUCGAGCUGAGGAGCAGCGGGCUCAAGAGCAAGCUCGUGCGCGUAUUCUAGCUCUCCGACAGGAGCAACUCGCACAGCAGCACCAGGCUCGAUUGCGGCUCCUCGCCGGCGGAGGGAGAGGCAAUUCUUGCAACGUGCGCCGUCUUGUUCCCCGGGUUCUAAAUUCCAGCUCCUGUGUUACUCAGUCCGUGAGAUGUGCUCCGCCAUCGCAGCUUGACAACAGCAGUGCUGUUCUCCAAGCCUUAUCUGCUCUGGGACUCGCCUGCGUACCUCAGCCGAAACAGCCGGCCCCUGCCCCUCGCCUCGAACGCAAGCCUGCCAUCAGGCGCCCGACGCAGGAUGAACCCAUUGUGAUCAAUCUCGAGGAUCUCCUCGGCAAGAUCUUCUCCGCUGCCCAAGUCUCUCAGCCGGCCAAAGCUCAGCCUGCGCCCGCGCCCGCGCCUACUGCGGGACCCUCGGAGAAGAAAGUGACUCCUGCAACACAGCCGUCCGAGACAAAGCCUCAGGUGUUCGGUCUAGAGCAGGUUCUCAACCACCUGGGUGCUGGGUCUGUCGACCAGAACGAUGUUCAGCAAUUUUUGAACGCGUUGUUUGGCGGGAAUGACUCGGAAGUAAAGAAGGUUCGUCGCUGUCUCCGGCGUAGUACCAGACCAGUGAUAGCUGAUCGCCCUUCUGUGCAGUCUGAGCCCCAGGCCUCGUCGUCAGGCUCGGUCCCAACGCCUUCUUCCCCAGUCUCGACUGUGAAGCGGGAGCUCGAAACCCGUCUGCAGUCUGAGCAAGCCAAAGAAGACCAAGAUCUCGCCGAGGCCAUUCGCCUGUCUCUUGCCGAUAUCGAGGACGCCGCUUCACAAUCGAAGGGCAAGUCAGCAGCUCCGGCUCCGGUCCCUGACGUCUCUGCAUCAGCUGCGGAGAUCCGAGCCAUCGACGCUGCGUUCGCCCAGCUUUCCAGUGACUUUACUACCCCCUCCGAUCUCGAAUUCUCUACUUCGCGCACGAGCUCGCCUGUCCGAUCGUCCCUCAGCUCCGAGGCGAGCGCCGACUCGGUGAUGUCGCGGCUAUCCUAUGGAGCUCGAAAUCAGCCGCUGAGGGUGUACCACCAGACUCUUAGUGG